GUCUAUUAAUAUUAUAUAAUUAAUUAUAAUACCCUACAGCAGUAGGCUAUUUUACAGCAGCUUUAUUAAGAUGAUUAUUUAAAUCACCAAGAGAUAUGUUUUAAUACAUUUGAUAUUGAUAGUGAACAUUGAACAGUAAACAUGUCAGAUUAAAUGACAGCAAAUUUACAAUGAUCUGCAUGCACAUAGACUGAUUACACUAGCCUAAUUUUAUCAUCCUUUGCAAUGAAGUAGACAGCAAAUAGUCAUGGCUGGUUAAAGGUCGGGACGACUGUUUACCCAAGACUUCAGUUUAUCAUUAAUUACAAAGCUAGUUAUUUAUUGAAAAAUAUUCUGAGGGGAACUGUUUAAAUAUGAAUGUUUUUUAAUGGGGGUUUUGCUAACUAACUUUGACAUUUUAUAAGUUUUUAAUUAAGGAAAAAAAAAUCUGUGAGGGAUAGACAUACAUCGCCUUAUUUGGUUGUACUGUUAUUUAAUGCAUUUUUGGAUUGUCCUGGUGAUGAAACACUGCAAAAAUAUCUUUCCAGGGAAUUUCAUUAUAGACAAAAAAAUAAAUAUAUAAAAAUAAUAAACAAUAAAAUCUGUGGGAAAUUAUAAGGUUUUUUUGUUACAGCGGAUAACCUUGAAAACACUGCAAGUCUAUCCCUUACAGCCUCGCUUUAAUACCCGUCAUGGUGCUGCUCUGAAAAAGGCUAUAUAUCAAAUUAUCAAAAGGGGGGAAAUGGAAAGGAUAUCAAUAGACCCUUUUCACAUUUCCGUGUUUCUCAGAAGCGGAAGUCGUCAUAGUUGGGUAAACUUUUAUAGCAGUGAAUUAGAGACUAGGCCUACCUUAAAUAUAUUUUUUGUGUUUCCAUUUGCGCAAAUAGCAAAAGGAAAACUCCACAGUAGUGUUUUCACAACUUUCAAAAAGAGGGGGAAAAUAGAGAGCGAUUGAUAUCAGCAGUCAGAAGAGAGAAAGAUGUCAUUUUUACCGUCACUCCCAUAGCCGCUGUAUUAGAAACACCCUCGAUCACAGCAGCGUUAACUAGUUUUUUUUUUUUUUUUUUUUUUUUUGUAAUUUAAUGCAAAUGUAAUGUAAUACUAAAUAUAGUGUUAUAAAUGUACAUAGAUUUUUUUAUAAAUUAAAAUAUAAAAAUGCAGGAUUUACGAUAUUAAUGACCAUUAAAACGCGUCAUCAUGGUCUGUGAAAAGAGUCUAUGAUUUCAUAGCCCUCUUAUUCUGGGAUUUAUAGUUCCUGUUUAAAUUUCUGUUGUAAUUAUCAUUUGGAAAAUAAAACGUAUUUAAAAAAAUAACAAUAAUUAGAAAAAAACUUAAAGGCGAGCGUCUUGUAGAGCUUGUCGCAAUAAAGCCCGCCCAUACACGCGCUUGGCCAAUCAGAAGAAACUCAUAGCUUGUCAAUCAUGUAAAUAAGCCCAAUAUAUUUGCUUAGCCAAUCAGAAGAAACAUACCACUUCCACCUUCACGGCGAGCUUGUCAAUCUUGUGUAAAUAAACCCCACCCACACAUGAGCCGGAGAGGUCCACUUUCACAGCGUGAUUUCGGCAAGUUCUUCAUGUAAAAUGGUCUCGAACAAGUUUUUCAAGUAAGUUUGCCCUUUAAAAUUGUUUUAACAACUUUGUCUUAUGCUAAAGACAUAAACGAGCUGUCUGGUAAAGAACUUACAUUGGUAAUGGCUUCGGAAAGCGAGCAUGAUGAUCCAUUCCAGAGAAUUCUGCAUCAAAUCGGUGGGAAAAGUAACAUUCAUUUAAUCAGCGCAGUGAGUGGACCUGAUGGAGACACCGGCGUUUUACAGGACUUUAUCGCUGAUAUGUUUAAUAAUGGGGACCAUGAAGAAAUCACCGACUGCACUGGCAACAGUAACGGAGAAAUCAAAAUCCAAACAAAUGUCAGCAGUCCUGACCAAUCACACGCUGAUCGAUCCGAACAGAGUUCAUCCAUACCUGCCGAUCGCUGCACCAAGAGCGAGAAACCAGAUCCUCUCAAGAAUAAAACCGUGAGUUCAAGUAGAAACAUCGGCGGCAAGCAGAGAGCCAUUAAAUGUUCCGUGAUCAUAUUCAUCUUCAGACAUGAUUAUGUCUGUAAUAAAGAGAACUAUGUGUGUUUGAGGGAGAUCCUGAAGGACGUGAGAGCUCGCUUAAAGAGAAACUCGCUUCCUCCGGCUCUGUUGGGACUCGUUCACACUGACUGCGAUCAAUCAGAGAGCCGCGAGUCAGUGGAAUUUCUGGAUCGAUCACUGCGAUCAGUGUUUAUCAAUCACCCCCAACAGGCCAUAUGGACCGGCCGGUACGUCACAAAGUCCCCGGAUUUGUUGCAGGAGAUAAGAUGGAACGCCUGCCGGGCGGUGAAGUCUGCAAUGUCUGCAGAGAGUGGCACUGGCAGUGAAAGCAGUUUGUUUUGGUCCUUGAAAUGUUUACCAGGAAUAUUCAGGAAGGGACACAGAGGACAGGCUGACUUCAACACCAACAGUUUGCAGCAAGCCAAUCCAAAUACAGGUGAAGAAGGAAUUCCCUUGCAGACGCAACCCAUGGCACAGUGACGCCAGACAGGUUUUGCAAAUAGACCAAGAUGGUUGAAAAACAAGCCUCAAACUACUUGUCUGUGUUCUACUCAGGUCAUAUAUUCUUGCACUAUACCUUACCAGUCAAGAGGAUUUGGAGGAAUGAGAAAUGAAGGCAAUGAAAGGCUGCUACAGCAUUAUUCUUGAUACCGUUUUGAUAUCAGAAGGAAAUCUCACUAAUACUAUCACAGUAGCAUAUAGAGUCAGAGUUUAUUAGUAUUAAAUAAUCUAAUGUGACAAUUGCUGAACACUGUGACAGACUGUAAUGUAUUAAUUGCUGUUAUUUUAAAUAAAAGAAACACUUUGUUGCAUCAUAGUCAGUACGUUUUGCACGAUUCCUUCAUGUGAUUCUGAAAUAACCAAGGAAAUUAAUUGUAGCUACAUAAGCCAUACUGUUGAAAACAUUACAAAUUAAAGUUACUUUGAACUCAAAA